GUGAUGGAAAGGGGUUUUAACAAAAAAGAAAAGGAUGCGAUUAGGUGGAAAUGUGUUCAGUUGAUUGGUGACUUUUAUAGUGAAAUGAGGUCUAGUCUAGCUCUUCAAUAUUAUCGUUAUUGUCGUAGCAACAACAUCAUCAGAAGAAGAAGUAACCAACUGUUAACAGAAAUGGAUCCUAUUGGAAACAUUAACAUCCGUGGCAGACGAGUUACUAAUGUUGGUAAUCCGCGUAACAAUAGAGACGCUAUCAAUGUAAAUACGUGUAAACAGUUGAUUGAGCAAGCAAUUAAAGAAUUUACAUCUUCGCCAUCAACGCAAUUAACAGAAGAAGAGAUGAUUAAAUCACUGUUGAAUAGUGAAACACUAAUGGAAAGAGUGAGAGAAAUUACAGUGUCUGCGUUUGCAAUUAUUGCCGAUGCAAUUUCAAAGGAAUUGUCACACGAUACUGUACAUCAAGAGCUUAUAAAAGAAAGACUCAUUAGCAGAAUGCAAUAAAUACAGCACUUAUCGAAUGAAACAAACCAUUUGAUGGCUGUCUUUGGAAAGGGGAAGAUAUUGAGUACUUGUUCUUCUUCUUCUUCUUCAAGUGGUGGAGGAAAAAGUCACUCAAAAAAAGGACGUGGAAUUCUGAGUGAUAUUUCUGGUGCAGUUGGAAGUGUUAUAAAUAAAUCCAUUGACUUAUUACCUGUGGAACUCCACAUACCAGGCUACUCGUACUGCGGACCAGGGACAAAAUUAGCUAAAAGAUUAGCAAGAAACGACCCGGGUGUAAAUAAAUUGGACGAAGCUUGCAAGAAGCACGAUAUUGCAUACGCGAAAAGUAGCGACACUGCAAGCAGGGCAGUAGCUGAUAGGGAGUUAGCAGAGCGUGCUUGGAGCAGAGUAACAUCUUCAGACGCGGGUCUAUUGGAAAAAGCAGCGGCAUUAGCUGUAACCAAUAUUAUGAAAGCAAAAUCAACUUUUGGAGGCGGGAUGAAAAGAAAAACAAGAAGAAGAAAAGCAAACAGACCAACAAAACUACACAGUACGAUAAGGAGAAAACGGAUGAGGGGCAGGGUAGUGUCAGGUCGAGGAAUCUAUUUGAGACGUCAACCGCAGUUACAGCCAUACAUGGUGAGAGGAAGAGGAGGAGGAGGAGUGGGGAGGAGGAGGAGCAGCAGAAGGAGAAAAUGUCAUCAUCCACAUUAAAAACUUCGAUAAUAGCCUUACCAGACAGAGCACUUAGCGAAGCUGAUCUCUACAAGUAUGCUUGUAUUUUACGAUUGAAAAAUUUUCGUGGUGUCUUUAUGCGUAAUACAUUACCUCUUUGUGGACCACGAAGUCAAGAGUGCGCGUGUAUAAAUCUCGAUAUACUAGGUGGACAAGGAACACAUUGGGUGUGCUAUGUGAAGAAGGGCAAUGUUGUUCACUACUUUGACGCUUUUGGCAAUCUUAGACCACCACACGAAUUUAUAGCCUACAUGCGUCGUGGACAAACACCGGCCACAACAAUAGAAUACAAUGUAGAACGUAAACAAGAGAAUGUUUACUCACACAUUUGUGGUCACUUAUGUUUAAAAUUUCUUGUAGAUGAAAUAUAUGGCACUCAUUUUUUGUAAUCUCAAUAUUAUGUAAGUUUGCAAAUGAAUAACCACAAUUUUAUGUAAGUUUGAAAAUGAAUAAAAUAAAGUGUGUGUGUGU